ACCGGAUUGAGAUUGUACAAGCCAUAUCGCUUUGAGCUAACGUAUGUUCGGCGAAAUGAUGGCAACAUGCUGAGCGCAUCAGCCUUCGCAUUUAUGAGGACCGUGGAGACCGAAAUCAGGUCCAUGGCGCCAUUCCGAAAGCUCUGCGAGACCGCAGAGCCGCGUUACAAGCACCACUGUGACCCGGGGAUCUCCAUGGUCAACGUUAUGUAUCCUUUUCCAGUCUCAGACGGGGCAGAUGCCCGCCUCUUCUUCAAUGGGAGUGGCACUAGCGCUUCCUUGCUGCCGGUGGGUGUGUCUUUAGCUCAGCAGGAGCAGCUUACGCAAGCUGUUUGGCCGGAAGGUAUGGCAAACGCCAAGGUCAAGCUGGUGGGCACGCAGAACUGUGGCGAUCGUGUAGCAGACUGCGCAAAGUGGAAAGAUCAGGGACAAUGUUCUCCAGGUGCCGCCCACGAAGCCUACAUGCAGGACUUCUGCAAGGCGACAUGUGGCGUUUGCGACACGGUGCCCAGCGAGGAUGCCACGGACGCGGAGGAAGGUCAGGAGAUCGUGGCGAUUCGCUCAUACUUUGCGCUACAAGCCUACUGCUGUACAGCAGGCCAAUCCGGACAGGGAGCUAUCGUGGCGGAGAUGGAUGCCAUCUGGAAUACCUUAGUUUCCGAGUUGGUGGAGUUCCUCACGCGCACGAACUCAAGGGGAGGCACUUUCCGAGUCUUCUUUCAGGGAGACGGAGUGUCCUCAUACGAAACCUUUGCCGCCGUGGCCAAUGAUGCCAUGUUCGCUAUAAUGUCCUACUGCUUUGUCCUUCUCUACGCAACGCUUCAUACCCGGAGCCCCUUCCUGGCGCUGGUGGGGCUCUUCUUAGUCAUGCUCUCCAUCCCGGCCACGCUGGCCGUUUUCAUCCUGGCAUCUGGUAGCGGUGAGUUCAGCCUCAUGAUGUGCCUCUCCGUCUUCAUAGUCAUCGGGGUUGGCUCAGAUAUGCUGUUCGUCUACACAGACUUCUACAAGCAGUCCCU